GCAGAUUUCAGCAUCAGAGCACAACAGAAUAGACAAGCGAGCUUCAACUCAAAUCAUAGAGAACUUCCAACCGCAGAAAAAAUAAUCAGAAUAAAAUGAAGGCAAUAAUACUCUACGCUGGACUCAUCUGUGCUCUCUGCCUUUUUCGCACACUCAAUGCAGCACCCGCAGAUACAACAACACCUUUCGAAGAUGAGAGAGAUCAGCUGGCUGUGCUGGAGCAAGAACCUACUAUACUGGAGUUGAGUCGUCAAAAACGUGCCACUUGCGAUCUUCUAAGCGGUUUCGGCGUAAAGCAUAGUGCCUGUGCGGCGCAUUGCUUGCUGCGUGGCAAUCGUGGUGGUCAUUGUAACGGUCGUGGCGUCUGUGUAUGUCGAAACUGAAGGGGAACCAGCAGUCAAUCGGGAUUAUUAUUAUUUUUGGGGGAAAAGAACAAAAUAUGAAGAAAGUCAUUAAAGAAUUUAUAAAGAAUGCUAAAUUUUGACGAGAAUUUUACAAAUUUUAAGCAAAAUUCUCUGUGAAUAUUUGGGUUUAAAUAAAUAAAAUACAAAUAAAAA